CCCCGCUGCAAAGCGACGCGUCGGACUCGCGUUCCCGCCCCGCCCGCCCUCUCCACCGCGAUGAACCCCGCCGUGAACGACGCACAGACGUUCGAACUCGCCAGGCUCCAGACCAUGGACGCCCUACGCUCCGUCGCAGAGGGCAUGCGCCAUGCCGCAACUGUCCUCGACAAUUUCGCCGGGGCCGUGUCGCGGAUGCACCACGGUCAAGGAAUCCCACCUCUUCCCCAAGGCUACGCGCUCUCGUCCCCCGUCUUGCCGCAGGGCGGCGGCCCGCCCCGCCAGGUCGAGGAACACGCCCAGCCCCAGAAGCGGAAGCGGCAGACGAAGGUCAAGGACCCGAACGCGCCGAAGCGACCGGCCUCGUCGUACCUCCUCUUCCAGAACGCCGUCCGCCAGGAGAUCAAGAAGGAGAACCCGUCGCUGCCCAACAACGAGCUGCUCGCGCUCAUUUCGCAGCGCUGGGCGGGCAUGUCGGAGAAGGAGAAGCAGAUCUACGACGACGCGAUGAAGGCUAGCAAGGUCAGAUACGCUGCGGAGAAGGCUGCCUAUGAAGCUGCCAGCAAGCCCGCCAACGGAGUCGCACCCUCCCCGCUGACCGUACGUCUCGGUCUCGCGCUUUGUUCCGUCGUCCUUGUUCCGCGAUAGCUUCAUGAUCCCCUUUAUCAUGCCAGACCGAACCGAAGGCCGCGGUCAAGCCCGAGCCCGUGGUGACGACAAGCACCAGCGAGGAAUCCUCCGAAGAAGAGAGCGCUGGGUCUUCUUCCUCUUCCGAAGAAGAAGAGCCCGAGCCUACGCCUAAAAAACCGAAGAAGCACGACUCCGCCAAGCCCAAGAAAUCCAAGGCAUGAAACCACCUACCACGCGUCUCCAUCGGGUCAACGGAGAAAAAAACGAACCAGAACUGUACGGACCAGAUCGAUACCGAGUUUCGUCUUCAACAGAGGUAUAUUGUGACUGGGACGAUUGGCUAGCCGGCUGUACCAUGCCUUAUUGUUUCGUUAUAUGCUCCGGUUACCUGUGUUAUAAUACCCUAUGCUUCUUCAUAGUACUAGUCCUGACCGCGUACAUAUGUUUUCUUGUAUGUCGUCGCGAUAUUCCGUUUACCCGCUCUUUUUUUGACAACACAUCGCUUCCCUGCUUGCUCAUCGUACAUACCACCCGUCGCUCUGAGCGCGAUCUGUGGAGGCCCUGCUGCGCCGGUGUGGCUGAGUAGUGAGGGUUGCGGUACUGGGGCAGGAGAUGAUGAGGUGAGCGGCUUUAGCCGCGCCAGGGCCGGACCUGUCGGGUUAUUGCUGCGUGAGCACAGCUUCGAUAGCCCCGUGCUUUGGCCAGUAUAAAGCCGAGUCGCCAUCGAGCAACGUAAGACGAGCACGUAUCUGAUCCCUCCUUCAUCCCCCUCAUCAUCGUCAUGUCGCAGCCUCCUCCAUACGGCGGCCCCGCCAAUCCACCGGUCAACCCCGACAAUAGGAAACUACCGCCGGGCUGGGUAGAGCAGUGGGACAACAAGUAUGUGUCAACGAUCUACCUCCGAUCGCGCUCGCUCGCAGUGGCUGAUCGCGUGCCUAUCCCUGCAGCUACAAGCAAUGGUGCGCGCCGUCUGAUGUCUUGAGCACCGGAAGGCGCAGUGCUGACGGGAGAUCGCCGCCGCACAGGUUCUACGUUGACACGAACACCAACCCGCCCCGGUCCUCUUGGACGCACCCGCUCGGCCCGCCUCCUCCCGUACCUUCGCCGGGUGCAUACGCACCGCCCGGCGGACCGCCCCCGCCCAACCAGGCCUACGGCGGCCCCAGUCCCGGUCCCGGAUACGACAACCGGGGCUUCAACGGCCCUCCGCAUGGUCAAUGGGGCGGGCCUCAAGCCGGCUACGCUCCCCAGGGCGGCUACGGCGGCGGAUACCCGCAGGGCUACAACCAGGGUGGAUACGGCGGCGGAUACCCCCAAGGUCCGCCACAAGAGGACAGAGGCUUCUUCGGUCGCUUCGGCGGAGGGUCUUCGCAGCAACAGCAGCCUCAGGUCGUGUACCAGCAGGCCCCACCGAAGAAGUCGGGGAUCGGCAUGGGCACCGUGGUUGCCGGAGCCGGUGCCGGUUUACUCGGCGGUAUGCUCCUCGAGAACGCGCUCGACGACUCGCAGGAGGACGCCUACCGCGACGGCUACCAGGACGGUCAACAAGACGACUUUGGUGGCGACGACGGCGGAGACUGGUAAUGGACUCGUCGUUUAUUACCACCCUCCCUCGGAUCCCGGAGCAUUUCGGAGCACGCGAUAGUCUCGUCUCGGAACUGACGUCUGUGACUUGAGUUCUUCUUUGCAUGGAUGUACUAUUUUACAUUGAUUAUUGGAGCGACCGUCUUACACGUCUUGGGUUUCGUCAUCGAACUUUUGCGCUGUCAGAGCCAAUACCUGCCAACGGAGCUGCAGUCGUGGAUUCAGAAAAUGAAUAGAUGCA